UUUGAUCAGUUGAAGAAUUCGAAGUGACGCUUGCUGUGUUUUUGUUAUAAAACGGCUUGUUUCGUGUCUAUAAUAAUGUUUUUUUAGUGUUCACAAAGUUUUAGGGUAUUAAAUAAGUAAAAUAUAUUACAUUUAACGUGUUUUUGAAACGCUUCAUUAAUUUUUUUUCGAAUUCGAUUCGGCCGAUUAAUUAUUUGUUUAAUUAGACUAAUAACUGAAUUACUUGUGUUUAAAAAAAUGGAUUCAGUAUCGGAUCGCUUAAAUAAAUUGAGGGAAGAAAGAAUUGCCAGAGAAAAGGCGCGGAUUGAAAAGUUGCGAGAAUUGAAUCUCAAAAAAUAUAACAAGGAUGGAGAAUCAACAAGAAAUUCUACAACAAACUUAUCUAUGGUCAACAAAUCUGUUAAGUCGGAGGUUAAUUUUAAAAACCCAGGACCUGUAAAAAAUAAUUUCCACGUAAACGGCACAUCUAAAAGACCAAUUUCCGUACCCACCUUGAAAAAGGAAUUGGUUAAGCCUAAAACCGAUGUUAAAAAAAGUAACUUCAAUGGGGUGAACUCUAACAAAAAUAUUCCCAAUAUUGACAAGAAGCCUGCUAACCCUUCAAACUUUGACCGAAAAAACGUAACAGACAAAAAAGUACAAAAUAAUGAAAAGAAGCCACUGCAAGUCAGUAAUCUACCAAAGUUGGCACAAAAUAACGACAAAAAACCACCUCAAGUUAGCAAUUUGCCAAAAUUUGAGAAGAAAUUCAAUACUACUACUGCUAAUAAUGUGAAAAAACAACACUUUCCCAUAAGAAAGGCUGAUAGUAUGACUACAAAUGUAAAGGUGCGUCAGAGCCUUGCUGUUACUAACAAUAAACCUACAAACAACAUCGCUAGAAAGUCCAUGAUACCACAAAACUCUUCUAAGACCACGUCGAACGUCUCAGUCUUCGAACGUCUGUACAAACCCAAAACUGUCCCACAAAUCCAAGUAAAUGAUGUUGAAAAACUCCACACGGAUCCUAACUACUUAAAAAAAGUCAUCCGUAACACUGGCCUCAUUUUGAAUAAACGUCAUACAGUUUUUGAGAACACAAAACCGAAAAUAGCUAUGCCAGUCCGCAGGUCCAUUUCUGCUGUUCACUUCAAACGUAUUGGUAAAGAGGAAUUAGGUAACUGUAUUCACAAAUGGGCUUCUAUCGGUGAUAAAUUAAAUAAUGUACAUUUAAAACAUAUAAAUGAGGACGAGAAUAUUAAUGAAGAUAGAGUAGUUUCUGCCGUUAAAAGUGAAAGAAAGAAAGUUACGUUUAUGACUCCGAUGGGUAACUUAAACACUCCUAGGCCAGAAGAGCUUCAAGCUAGACUGAAGUCUUGGUUACAGAAACGCGGAAAAUCUUUAGACUCAUACCAUCAUUUACAAUGUUUCGGCUUACACCACUUACCGCAUAGCAUCAAGUUCGAUCCAAAGGCAUUUGACGAGGAAAAUAAAGAAAAUAUUGCUGUGGAAUCAGAUAGCGAUGAUGAUUCUUACACGGAGAAUAUGAAUGGAGAAGUUAAAGAGUCGGAGAAGUGGAGAACGGCAAGCGUUGUUAGUGACAGCGUGGAUUUCAAUGAAUCUCAGAAUACUACGGUGACUUGCAGCGAUGUUGUGAACUUGGAUGAUGUGGUCGUUGGAGCCUUGAAUGAUCUCACUGAGAUAUUGCGAGAGGGUUUCGACUGGGAACAAUGUGCCCGCUGGCUGCGAGCGAUCCGCGAGCGGUUCCCCGGCGCCCCGCAGUGCGCCGCCUACUGGGAGUGCCGCGCCGCGCUCGAGGAGCGGCGCGGGGACCUGCCCGCCUCCGUGCAGUGCUGGGAGGAGGCCAUCGCUAAGGGCACCGAGCGUUCCGUAGUAGAAGCCAAUUUGGAUCAACUGCUAGACAAGUUUAUGCAGCUGAAGAUCAGCCCCAGCAGUGGCAAGAGACGCCAGGCCGAUCCCAAACUGGUGGACGUGAAGAAUGUCUUCAAAAGCACUAUUAUCAGAUUUGCAGUCCAACAGGCUAAAUUACGCCAAUCAAAUCAAUUCGAAGCACCCAAGUACACAGUGACCCCCGUCCGUCGCAGCGCCCGACUCAGUUCACACUGGAGCGCUAAACGGACGCCGCUACAAGUUUGCACCACUGUCAGACAGGCAGAUGAGAUUCUAGGAGAAAAACCUCUGUUUGUACCUAACGGGAGUUUGUAUGGCACACCUUAGGAGUUACAAGACUUAGGCCAGUUUUACUGGUUACCGAUAAAGUGUCAGUUAGGCCCGGUUGUUCGAAGCUCGGUUACGUCAAGGUUAGGGUUAAAUUCUAAUUAAAGUAAAUUUAACAGGGUUUAAAUUCAAAAAGCGUUGUUGAACGUUAAAAUUUCAUAAUAAAUAUGUCAAAUUAACCGUGGUCAAAAUUGACAACGGUAACAUUUUAACUUUAACUUUACCGUAACGUACGAACAGCCGGGCCUUAGUCUGCUAUCUAACACAUAAAGGCUGUUUAUAAUUCUGCCAUUACUAUCCAAGGUAAAACCAAAAGUUGAUUAAAAAUUGGUAAUCUGUCUGAUAAGUCCCUGAUAGGCUAUCAGAAACUUUAUCAGUAACCGGUGACACUGGUCAUAAGGGUUGCACCAUUUAACUAUAACCGAACCAUUUUCAGUUGUCAAAUCGCCGAUGUGACCAAUGGGCGUCAAGUAUACGGCUGGUUAUGGUUUGGUUAUCGUUAUAGUUAAAUUAUGCAACCUACCCUUAUAAAAUUAUUAUAAUCUAAUUUAUAAUUAUGUAUUCUAAUUCAAAAUGAUAUUGGAUAUAUAAGACAUAAUAGACGGGAGCUAUUGAUGAUGUGAAAUUUUCUCUUUGGACAUAAAACUUGCAUGUAAUGUUAUUUUCAAAUACAUGGAUGCAUUGGAUUCAACUUGCCAGAUGCGCAGAUUACUUAGGACAAAGCAUACUUUAGUCUAUAUAAUUCAAAUAAAAAUGAAAAUGUAUAUAUGUAACCGGAAAAUAACAAGACUUGUAAGUUGAUCAAUUUUCUAGGUAGUUGAUCAAUUGAUUUUGAUUGAUGUAGUACAUUUGAAAUUGACUAGUACAUUUCAACUGCCGUUUAUUAUUUUCCGAGAGUUGAUCAACUACCUAGAAAAUUGAUCAACUUACGAGUCUUGUUAUUUUCCGGGGACAUAUACGUGCAUUUAAGUAUACAAUAUCCUCAUUAAUCUGUGGUAUACUAUUUGGCCGAGUUCAUUAUAGUUAACAAACUUUAAUAUAUUAUCAGUAAAUACGUAAUAUUUCAAUAAAUACAGCGAUGCGGAUGAAUAUUUUGAUACCUAGUUUUAAUAUUUCCCUAUUAUAGAUUAAUAUAUUAAACAAAAAUAAAAGCCUGAGAUGAAAGCAUAAAUACACCGAGGCUUUUAUGUAUUUAAGACAUACAUGACUUGGUUCAGUAUUGUUAAGCCUAACUUGAGCAUUAUUUAAAAUUAGACUUCAAAGUGAUUUCUAAGACAGAAUCUGUUUGAGCCUGAUAACUGCACAAAUCAUUUCUAUUAAUUAAUUUUUCAACUUUUUAUGAAUUCGACUUUAUCUUACGAAAGCGGGUGAUCGGUGAUCGGGGAAGCGGGUGGCUAACCCGCUUUCGUGAGAUAAAACGUCUAUACCAAUAUUAUAGAAAAUUGUCUAACAUACUUUUAUCUUUGACCAUUUAGGUACUUGGUUCAAAUCUAAAUUAAUGUUCAAGUCAGACCACAAAAUCGGGACCAUAUUCAUUAAUAGUUGUUAAUUUCCGAAUAAAUUAAUGUAAUCAUGUUUCUUAUUAAUUUUAAUAAAUAAUAAUUGUUUAUUUUAUUAUGUAAAUAGUGUUUUUUCGCUGCUGGAUAAGCGCCUAUAUGCGGUUUUCAAUAAUCGAUCCGAUGUUUGCGAUUAGAGAUUAGCUUCAUAUAAUCCAUUCGCAAAACGAACGAUGGAUCGGUUAUUGAAAUCCGUUGUAUAUUGUAUACAGAUUAUUUCUUUAACACCAAAUAUGUACGCUUAAAGUGUUCUUUUCUUUCUUCUUGCUAUGUUAUUUCUAGUGAAUAAAAGACUUAUAUUUGAUAAAAA